AUGCGACGCUACAAAGUAACAUUCACUCCGCCCGCUCCAGUGCUGGCUGGGCCAGCCAUCCCCAUACUCAUGCAGUGUACCGAAACCACGAGUCUUUGGGAGCUUCCCGCCGCCCGCCGCGAUGAUGUUCACCCAAUUCUUCUCCGCCGCCACGGCCUGCGGCAUCAUCUCCACCGCCAUGGCCGGCGCCGCCCCGGCCCUCACAUUCCCCGCGCCGUCACGGGCGACGGCUUCAUCAGCCUCCCCAUUAGCCGCACCGACAAGAUGCAAAACGCCGAAGCCGCCGGCAUCAAACCACGCAGCCCGUUCGAAGUCGUUCUCGACAAUCUAGUCACCUACUACACCAUCGAGAUCUCCCUCGGCAACCCCGCCCAAAACCUCGCCGUGCUCAUCGACACCGGCUCCAGCGAUCUCUGGGUCAUCCCCAGCUGCGACGACGCCGUAGACCGCCGCUCCUACGAAAUGUGCCAGCUCUUCGGCACCUACGACCCCGCCAACUCCCGCACCGUCUCCGGCCCCGUCGGCCGCGGCAGCCUCCACUACGGCGACUCCAGCGACGCCUCCACCCAGACCUCCGUCACCCUCAACUACUUCAAGGACAGCCUCGCCAUCGGCGACGUCACCCUCGCCGACCAAAUCUUUGGCGUCAUCGUCAACGGCACCGUCGACGGCAUCUCCGGCAUCCUCGGCCUCGGUCCCGAUCUGCGGGAUGGUUUCACCGCCGGGAAACCCUACUCCCUCGUCCUCAAUUCCAUGCAGGCCCAGGGCUUCAUCAAGUCCAGGUCCUUCUCCAUCGAUCUGCGCCACGCCGAGGACCGCAACGGCGCCGUCAUCUUUGGCGGCCUCGACGUCAAAAAGUUCACAGGACCCCUCGCCAGCUUCCCCAUGGUCCCAGGCCUUGAAGGUGAACCUCGCCUCGCCAUCCACCUCUCCACCAUCGGCGUCUCCCGCUCCCGCCGCGUAAGCCACGUCGUCCCCGACGGCUCCAACAGCGUCCUCCUCGACAGCGGCACCACCCUCACACGCCUCCACCCCCGCCUCGCCCAGGCCAUCCUCACCGACCUCGACGCCACCAUGGACGACGAGGGCUUCUUCCUCGCCGCCUGCUCCAUGCGCUCCAGCGCCUCCACCGUCGACUUUGGCUUCGGCGAGCUCGACGACCGCGGCGACCCUUCCUUCGUCCUCCGCGUCCCCGUCUCCGACUUCGUCCUCAACAGCCGCCACUACCGCAACCCCCGCCUCUGCUACGUCGGCCUCCGCGUCACCGAGCACCAGCAGAUUCUCGGUGACUCCGUCAUGCGCGGCGGCUACUUCGUCUUCGACUGGGACAACCAGCAGGUCCACGUCGCCCAGUCCGCCAACUGCGGCACCGAGAUUCUCGCCAUCGGUACCGGGCAGGAUGCUGUACCUGCUAGCGAGGGCAAGUGUGAUCCAGGCGCCACCGGCCCCGCAGAAGAAUCCACGGGUGCCGGAGACGGUGCCACGCCUUUGCCCACGGGCGCCUUCACAACCACCUUCACCAUCACGUCCUGCCCCACCAUCGAUACUGAGUGCACACCCGGCAUGCUCACCACCCAGACCUUCCUCCCUCUCGAGACCAGCUCGUCUGAUCCCGAUGACGAGGAUGCCGCUGGGGGCCGCUAUGGCGCUCUCAAUCUUUGGAUCCUGUUUGCUGCCGGCAUGGGUGCGGCAGUAUUAGCGCUGAGGUAG